AUGAAGGUCUCAGUACUAUGCAUUGCAACGCUCUUCUCAUUGCCGACCUUUGCCUUUCCUGCGAGCAUGCUCAAAGGCGACAUCAGUAAAACGACCCUUGCGGAAUUCACCGCUCUCACGGAGAGGAUCUCAAGAGAUCUAGAGAGCAAGCGAUCAGGAGCCCACGUCAAACGUGCGUUCAAUGCAGAGGCUCAGCGCAUCAGCACUAGUGGUGACCAUAAAUAUAUUGCGCCAGGCCCCAAUGAUCUCCGUGGACCUUGUCCUGGUAUCAAUGUUAUGGCAAAUCACGGUUACCUUCCCCGAAAUGGCAUCUCCACAAUCACACAAAUGACUACAGCCGCCAAUGAAGUAUUUGGUAUGGGCCUGGAUCUAUCCGCAUUUCUGGCAGUCUACUCCGCCGUCAUGGCAGGUGAUCUCACCUCUUUUUCGAUUGGUGGUAAACCUAAGACUGGUGGGCUCUUAGGCGGUGUCGUCUCGUCAAUCGGGCUUCUCGGAGAACCACAGGGCCUGAGUGCGUCACACAACCGCUUCGAGGUUGAUGGAUCACCCACACGAUCGGACUUGUACGCAACUGGCGACCCCGUAUCUCUCAACUUGGCCUUUUUCGAGCAGCUCCUCUCUAUGCCGCUUGGCAAGAACGGCAUUGACAUUCCCGUCCUAACCGCGUUCCGUCUUGAUCGCACGAGGCACUCGAUCGCUACGAAUGGUUAUUACUUCUCGGGCCCUCUACAGACCCUUGCGUUAAAUCCCGCCACGUAUCAAUUCACCUACCGUUUCUUCGCUAACCACACUGCUGAGAACCCUGAGGGCUAUCUCGAUGCUAAGACACUUAUGUCAUUCCAGGGUGUCACUGGAGAAAAGGGUAAUUAUAUGUGGGCUCGCGGGCAAGAGAGGAUUCCUGAAAAUUGGUAUCGUCGCGUCAUUGGUGAUGAUUACAGCAUCCUUUCGUUCACUGCUGAAGCUGUUUCGCUUGAAGUAGCCCACCCCGAGUUGAUCCGAGUUGGUGGGAAUACCGGCCAGCCAAACUCGUUCACUGGUACAAAUACUAACCUUUUACACCAAUCUUCAGGCAACGUUUUUAAUGCGCAGACACUUCUUGAAAGAAACAACCUGAUGUGCUUUGCGUUCCAGGCAGCUAGCGAAGGUGCUCCUGACAUCCUCCGUGGAUUGUUUGGCAACAUCUUGAUCGCUGUGCAAAAGCUGGCAUCUGUUCUAGACCCGAUCAUUGCAGAACUUGGGUGCCCCGAGCUUGUUAAGUACGACAAAUCUCUGUUCAAGGCCUUCCCUGGUGCCGGAAGUGCGGUGUAG